AUGUUAGAAGAGAAAGGCACGCAGACCGACCUCCCCACGAUCGGCGACUCUCGCAGUUCUGCGGAUUCGGCAUCUGAUUUGGAGAAGCAGCGUCUGUAUCAGCAGGAAAGGAACAAUCACGAUGACGAUCCUAAUAUUGUUCAAUGGGAUGGACCCGAUGAUCCUGAACACCCACGGAACUUUCGAAUAUUCCGCAAAUGGAUCAUCACACUCACCUUAGGCUUUAUGACGUUUUGCGUCACUUUCGCCUCGUCGGUGUUCAGCACGGCGGCUGUCGUGACGGCCGAGAAAUUCGGGGUAUCCGAGGAGGUCAUGAUACUGGGCACGAGUCUGUUCGUGCUGGGCUUCAGUUUCGGCCCGCUGAUGUUUGGACCGUUGUCGGAGCUAUACGGACGGAAGAAGCCAUUGUUUGUGGGGUUUUUCAUCUUCGCCAUAUUUCAGAUCCCGGUGGCCGUGGCGCAGAAUUUACAGACGAUCUUUGUCUGUCGGUUCUUUGGGGGUUUGUUCGCCAGUGCGCCAUUAGCUAUUGUAUGUGUGCAAGAUCCGGAACGCAAGUGA